AUUCGUCUGUAACAAAUGUCAUUCGUGAAUUGUAAAUGUAAAUUGCACCGUCGUAUUUACAAAGAAAAAUAGAUUUUAAAACGUAAUAAAUUAGUAAAAAUGCUUUUAAAUUCCGCUCUCUAAUUGUCCUAUUAAGCGUACGUUUUUAAUAAAUCGAUAUACAAGGUUUAAAAGUUUUUGUAUUAUGAAAAUAUCAGAAAAUACGUGUACCAUGCACAAUGGUGAAGUGUAAAUAGUGUGUACUGUGUAGUUAGCUAAACGUAUCCAAUAUGUGGUCUUUUUUCUCACGGGAUCCUACUAAGGACUUUCCUUACGAAGUAGGGGACCCUGUGCCAGGUUUGGAAGACAGAAGUGUGUGGACUUUGCACAAAGGCAAGAAAAGGGGCACCCAAGAUGAAGUAUCCAUAUUUUUAUUCGACGUAACUAAAAACUCUGAGACACUAUUCGAUAUAGCUAAAGCCUCGUUGAAGAAAUUGAAGACUAUGCGACACCCAAGCCUUUUACAUUAUUUAGAUAGCUGUGAAACUGAGAAAUUUUUAUAUGUAGCCACAGAAUAUGUUGAGCCCUUAGCGAUACACAUAGAGAAUAUGACGCUGGACGGCCAGCAGCGGGAUCUGUUCCUUGCAUGGGGGAUAUUCCAAAUUACUAGAGCAUUAUCAUUCUUUAACAAUGAUGGCAAUGUGAAACAUAACAAUGUGUGCCUUUACUCAGUAUUUGUCACCCUCGCGGGUGAAUGGAAGCUGGGUGGGUUCGAGUUCCUCACUGCACACGGACAAGACACCAACAACCCUUUACCUAUUAAGAUAUUACCUGCCCUAGAGAUAUACGAUCCACCUGAGAAGAAGGAUCCUAGCAAAUUGAAGACUGUUACUAAAUGUUCAACAGACAUGUGGGGUCUGGGCUGCCUGAUCUGGGAGGCUUUCAACGGCCCGCUGUCCAACCAACCCUCGCUCAAGACUGUGGACAAGAUCCCUAAGCAACUGUGCACGUUGUACUGUGAGCUAGUCAGCGCCAACCCUGCGUCUAGACCCAACCCUGCCGAUAUUAUUACAAGAUGUCGAAAGCUCGGUGGCUAUUUCAAGAACGAUCUAAUAGAUACAAUGCUCUUCCUAGAAGAGAUCCAAAUCAAGGACAAAGUGGAGAAGGCCAAAUUCUUCUCCACAUUGAGUAGCUAUCUAGACAGCUUUCCUGAGGCGGUGUGUGUGCACAAGAUCCUGCCUCAGUUACUCACGGCUUUCCACUAUGGGGACGCUGGCUCAGCAGUGUUGGCACCUAUGUUUAAGUUAGGUAAGCUGUUAAGUGAAGAAGAUUACCAGAAGCAGAUAGUCCCGUGCGUGGUGAAACUGUUCGCGUCCAACGACAGGACCACGCGCUCGCGUCUCUUGCAGCAGCUGGACCAGUUCAUACACCAUCUGCAGAACUCUACCGUAAACGACCAAAUAUUCCCUCAAGUGGUGCACGGGUUCCUAGACACGAACGCCAUAAUCAGAGAGCAGACGGUCAAGUCGAUAGUGCACUUGGCGCCUAAGCUCAACUACAACAACAUCAACGUGGAAGUGCUGCGACACUUCGCCAGGCUGCAGUCCAAGGACGACCAGGGAGGCAUCAGAACGAACACAACAGUCUGCUUAGGCAAAAUAGCAGCACACUUGCAUCCGCAAAUACGACAAAAAGUCUUAGUGUCGGCGUUCGUUCGCGCCACACGGGACGCGUUUCCACCGGCCAGGCAAGCCGGCGUGCUUGCCCUGGCCGCUACACAACAGUACUUUUUACUGGCUGAGGUGGCUAACAGAGUGCUACCGGCACUGUGUCCAUUGACUGCGGACCCCGAGAAACAGGUUCGAGAUGCAGCAUUUAGAACGAUAAAAGGAUUUCUCGGAAAAUUAGAAAAAGUAUCAGAGGACCCCAGUCUGAAAGAAGGAAUGGAGGCGGAUGUCCACACAGCAACGCCAUCUCUAAGCAACGCGGCCGCGACGUGGGCGGGCUGGGCGGUCACCGCGGUCACGGCCAAGUUCUACCGCUCGCACUCCGAUACCGCGAGGGUGCAGCACGCGCCGAAGUCCGUACUGUCCAAACCGGGCUCGCUAGAGCAACCGUCAUCGAGCAGUAUGUCCACAACGACGUCAUCAGUGACGUCGAUGACGUCACUGGAGCACAGCGAGUCUGCCUCAGACUAUGAUCCUGAACACUGGGACAUGACUGCGUGGGGAGAAAUCGACUCCAGUGCUGGUACCACAGCGGCUAGUGCGAAAUCGCCGGGCAGCAGCGGCAGCGCGCAGGCCACGCCCGGCCUGGCCGCGCUGUGCGAGGACGAGUGGGACAACGAGGAGUGGGGAACACUGCAGGAACAGCCGGCAGCCGAAGCAGAACUAGCGAGUCCCUCAGAAACGUGGAACAACUCGACUUGGGUGGAACCAAACGUCAACAACGCGAACGCAACAAUGGUCCGCGGCACGCAGCGCGCCGAGCACAGGCCGGCGACGCAUCAGAACAGCAACGACUCGCUCGGCGGCUGGGAGGACGGCGAGUUUGAGCCCAUCGAGGAGAACGCGGACGAAAACAACGCAUCCAAAAUGGACGAACUACGUCGUAAACGGGAAGAGAGAAAGCUGCAACGUCAGAGAGAGAUGGAAGCUAGGCGCAGCGCGCGCGGACAGGGACCCAUGAAGCUAGGCACCAAAAUCCCCGCCCCACCACCCUUCUAGGCUCUACAUUCCCUCACUCACACUAUUCUUAAGUUAUACAGUGUGACUAAUUAUUGAUAUAAAAAAAUCAUAGAUAAACACUAAAGAAUGUUUCAAAAAUUCUGAAAAAAAGUUUUGUUCGUUGCUCUUGCUUAGUGUUGAAAAUCUUUUCUCCUGAACUAAGUUAUGAAAAAUUUGAGCUUGCUUUUAAUUUUAGGGAGACUUAAAAUUCACAUUUGAUGAAAUUUGGCAAGUAUUUGAAAAGUCAAUGCACACCUUUUUUAUUGAGAGAUUUUAUUGCGCUUGUCGACAAUGAUGCUUAAUAAAAAGCCAUGACGAGGUCUAAAUUACCUUUAUUAUUUUAGGUCAGUUAAUUAAUAACGCGUCACCGCCUUUUUGCUAAAAAGCAUUUAACCCCGAAAAGUAGUGAUUGAGUUAUCGCCAAAAUACAUGGGAAAUUUUGAAAACUGAUUUUUCUAAAAAAAACGUUUGCUACGAAUACGGAAUAAGGUUCUUAAUUAGUUUUCAGUUUGGUCCAAUGUACUUUUUUGAAAUAUCAGAACCUAACAAAAAUGUAAGACUGCCUUGGCACUCUGUAAAAUAUCUUCCAUCUUGUAUUAUUUUCCUGUGUAUAUCAUAUAUAUGUCCAAUAAAGGUAUCUUAAUAAAAGUAAAAUCUGGUUUUCUAAAUUAUUAAACAUUUUUUUUAAAUACCCAUGUCCGUAUGCGAUAACUCAAAAACUAUUUUUUUGGGAUUAGCCGCUUUUUAACAAAAGGGCGGUAGCGUUAAGUGUAGUAGUAUAAUCUUGAAUUUUUUAUAUCAAUGAAGUGUAGUCAAAAGUUCUAUUUUGAUCAUUAAACAGACUACGGUUAUUGAAAGGCUUAUUUUCUUUUUUUGUCAACGAUAGCUGUAAGGGUACCUGUCCAUUGGAACGGAUUAGAUUUGUGUUUCAACCAAACAUUAUUGAGAAGUGACGUCAUGAUACAUCACUACAAGAUUUCAUUUCUCAAUUUUUUAUGGAAAUGUACCUAUGGACUAAGAGCCAGCGCGUGCCAGACCUUCGUUAUUUUAUAAAAGCUCAAAAUUCCUCUGCGUAUUGUCCUCAACACAGGGACGAACUAUUCACGAGUAUGAAGUUUGUGUCAUAGUGGCUUUGGGAGAAAACAGGUAGUGAAGGUGUAAAAAUCUUACAUCAAAGUAUAAAGUCUAUUUUUUUUUUCGAAAUUCAUUGCCAGAAACUUAAUAUCGUGGCAAUCCCCUGCCAUCUUCUUUUUUUUAUUCAGAUACAAGUUAGCCCUUGACUGCAAUCUCUCCUGGUGGUAAGUGAUGAUGCAGUCUAAGAUGGAAGUCGGUUAACCUGGAAGGGGUAUGGCAGUUUUUUCUUUUAAAGACGUUGCCACGACACUAAAUGCCUGGCAAUGCAGGAUGUGAUUUCGAAUACUAUUCUGAAGAAAAUAUAAAAAAAAAAAUAGGACUAUACUUUGACGUAAGAUUUUUUACACCUUUGUUGCCUGUUAUCUGCCAAAGCCGCCAUGUUCCAAACUUCAUAGUUGCUGAUCGUUCCUCCUUGUGUUAGGGACUAUACGCGGAGAAACUUCGUUUUUAUAAAAUAACGAAGGUCUGGCACGCGCUGGCUCUCUCUCUCUACAAUAAGAUGUUGCCCGAUUUAAAACAUUUGUUUUGUUCAAACUCGAAUCUUAUCAUAUGAGUCCAUCAGAUUAUGUAAUGUAUUUAUCACAUUUGUAAAUUUGAAUGUGAAUAAAAUGACAAAAAAAUGCAAAAAAUUUGAUAAUUGGACCAAAAAUGUCAUGUAGCGUGUGUAUUAGAAUUUGUAUUUGAUAUUAGAUUAAUAAAUUAUAUUAUUUUUUUUUGU